AUGGCUACAUCUCAUCCUGAGUUCGAUAAGCACACGACGGGAACAGAUGUUGCCGAGGCUUUUGCUAGCCAGAUUUCAGGGAAAAAUGUGAUUAUCACUGGCGUUGGUCCCAAUAACCUAGGCGAAGCACUUGCGCUGGCAAUUGGCAGCCAACAGCCAGCCAAGUUGUUUCUUGCAUCACGAACCGAGUCCAAAGUUCAACAAGUCGCAGAUGAAGUUGGAAAACUGUAUCCUGAAGUUUCAAUCGUAGCAGUUGCGCUUAAUCUUGCCUCUCAGAAAUCUAUACAUGCUGCCGCUGUUCAUAUUCAAGGCUUGACUGACCGCAUUGACAUUCUGAUCAACAAUGCUGGAGUGAUGCUUUUGAACCCAGAGAAAACGGAAGAAGGCAUUGAGAUGCAGUUUGGCACCAAUCAUAUUGGGCCAUUCCUGUUCACCAAUCUGCUUAUGCCGCAAUUGAAACAUGCAGCCAAGUUAUCUGAACCUGGAUCAACUCGCAUAGUUAAUGUCACGAGUGCGGGUUAUCAAAUAUCGCCUAUUCGGUUCCACGACUAUAACAUCGAGGGCAAGGAGGUCUCUCUAGAUGAAAGACCGCCUGAUCGAGUUCCUGCCAUGUUUAAUAUGACCGCGCCCGGAUAUAAUGGCUGGAUAGGAUAUGGGCAAUCUAAAACAGCCAACAUCUUGUUUGCGUUGUACUUGACUCAUAAUCUUGCAAAAGAUGGGAUCGUUUCAUACGGUGUUCACCCUGGUUCGAUCGAGACUGGCCUGAGCCGAAGUCUCGAUGAUGAUGGCUAUGCGAUCAUAUCAAAGACCAAUGAUUUCUGGAAGACAGCCGAUCAAGGUGCUGCGGGUAUGCUUGUGGCUGCAUUCGAUCCCAAUCUCAACUCCGUCUCUGAACCAUCUGCUGUUUAUCUCAGCGAUUGCCAAUUUGAUGAACUACAACCACAUGCUACGAGUCUUGAUGUAGCCGAGAGACUAUUCCGCUUGAGUGAGGAGCUGGUGGGGAUGCAGUUUCCACUCUGA